UAGUGCGCAUUAAUACGUGUUAAGUAAUAGUUAUCUCAAUCGGGUUCCGAUAUAUACCUCUACCUGUACACGUAUCUAAUACCCGCGAGAAUGGAUAGGUUGAAAAAAUACUCGACUAGCGAAGCGAAAACAUUGCAAUAUAUUUAUGAAUUUUUAUUGUCCAAUAAUAUGACGAAAACUUCGACUUGUUUCAUUGAAGAAUGUUACAAAUUGAAUAUGCCAGCACCGACUAUUCCCACAGAAUCCACCGAGGCUUGUAACAAUAAUGUGGUCCACCUGUCCAAAGAUCGCGCUGCGUCCAUUAUACAAUCUUUUAAAUCUGCAUCUAGGUUAACAUUUAUGAAGACGUGGAGCGAUUUAUCCGACGAAAUAAAACAGAUUGACGAAUACCGAAAACUGACGUUUUACCUUCACGUAUACUACACCAUAUUGGAAUGUAAAAAACGUGUCAACAAAUCGGAAAACUGUAGUAACGAUAAAUGUGAUGAAAAUGACGAAAAUGACGAAAGUUCGAUGGCCGCUUUUCGCACUUUCUUGCUCCAGAGAGGUGCUGAAUUCAGUACCGAAAAUGAAUUUUUACCGUACUUUGCACUGCCAUACGUGUUUGAACCAAUGCAACACCCAUCGUUUAAAAAUUUAUUCAAAGAAAAUCGAUGGAGUGAUUCACUACACAAAAGAUUGGAGGACUUUAUUUUGGAUAUCUCUAUUAAUACGUCGGUGAUAUUAGUGCCCAUCAAAGAUGCAGGAAAACGAAAAUUGACGAAAAAAAAAUUUAAAACGCUGUAUAAGGAAUAUAAACCGCUGAAUGCGUUGGCCGCCGAACUUUUGAACGCUUUGGAAAAUUCGAUUCGUGGACAAUCGAUUAAUUUGGAAAUUAUUUUAAAAAAUUGUAAUGCUGUAGUGGAAAACAUCGAUGAUAAUAAACAAAAUUUAGAAACUGUUGACGACCAAUUCGAUUUGGCUAUUUUUAAAAUCAAACAUGAACUCCGAGAAGGUAACAGUACCAAAAACAAAUUACUUAUCCUACAAGCCUUGCGUUGGAGGCUGACAAAAUCUGAAAACAGAGCCGAUACAGUAUCGAUGAUAAAAAAAUACGAUCUAUUGGACUUGUGCAAAUCUAAAGCCGAACAAGGACUUAUGAAAUGGCUGUUGAUGACAAACGGGCCACAUCCUCUACAACAAAUGAUAUCUAGACUGCUGAACGCCCUAGCGUCAUUCAACAGGGGCCGCAGGUAUUUGACGGGAUCUCCGUUUUUACUGCGUCUAAUCAUAACGCAACUCAUAUCAUCGCAACAUUUUUGGGACACAAUCACGAGCAACAUGCUGUUGGGAACGUUACAGAAGCUUAGUACGGGAUCACGAGCGCGAAAACGGAUGAUCGGAAACGGUUUGACCACUUGGCUAGCUGACCAGCUCGUUCGGAAAAGCGAAUUCACCGGCGAUCGGAACAAAUACGAGAUGUACGAUCUAGAAUAUAGUCUAGCGCUAUAUAUGAGCCUCUGCCAGUGUCAGUCGGCCGUCCGGGCUUGUGGCUCACGUGCCCGAAACUUACUCAAGAGCUUGAGCGUUUUCAUGACCACGUUGGACGUGGACAUUAUGCCGUGCAUAUCUGGUAUCUUGUACAAUUUGUUCAAAAACCCAGAGAUGAUUGCCAUAGCUAAAGAAGAAGGGAUGACCGGAAUCGUCGAGAAAACGAUCGAGAGCAACCUCAACGCGUAUCCUUCGGCAGUCGAGCGGUUAGUGGACGUAAGAAAUAUUUUGAUACAAAAUGAGCAUCCGGCUUUCGAUCAGUCAUCGUCGGAUGAUGACUACGAUUAUUUCAACGAUGAUAGCGGCGACGAUAAAGAUGACAGCAACAGUUCUGGCGAAGAUGAUAUAGAUGAUGUCGAAAAUAUGGAGGCGGAACUAGACGAAGACGAUCCACUAAAGAUUCAGCCAAACGGUGAGGAAUUUCUUGCUAACUACAAAACGUGUGACAACGGAAAGCACACAACUCCUGCAGAUCGAUACAAUAAUAAUAAUAAUAAAUGAUAAUUAAUAAUGUGUUAUUAAUUGCCAAUAUACCAAAGCAUAUUUUUCUAUUUUACCUCAGUACGAUGUUAUAAAAUGUUAUUAUAAACUUUGUUAUUAUCGAUAAGAAAAUAUCAAAUCAGAUUUUUGUUAAACAAAAUAUAUAUUGAUAUGUUGAUACAUUUAUUUA